GACUAGCUAUCCCACAGAGUGAAGGAAGGUAAAUGUGAGUGCUCAUCGCUCCUAGCUGCAACCUCCGAAAGACAACAGAGCGGCCAAAGAAACUCAUCUCCAUCCUCUCCAUCAUCAUCUCGUCUCUGGAUCUGGUCUGUCCACAUUUCUCAACCAAUGUUCUUCUUCAUUUGAAUCGCGUGGAUUUAUUUUAUAUAAAUAUAUACUAUAUCUUAAAAACGGGUCACUAUGAUUAUAUUUACAUUCCACACCAGGAGACGGUUUCAUUGUUUGUAUGCCUGGGCGUUUUGCUGGCAAACCUUAUUUUGGAUUUUAUGUGCCGUCAGCGGAGAGGAGCAGCAUUUCAGUGUAGAGUCCUGGUUACAGAAAUAUGGCUACCUUCCACCAACUGACCCUCGGAUGUCUGUGUUGCGCUCCUCACAGACUAUGCAGGCUGCUAUCACUGCCAUGCAGCGGCUUUAUGGCAUUAACAUCACAGGAACAUUGGAUAGAAACACAGUAGAUGAUCUCACUUUAAGCUGGAUGAAGAAGCCUCGGUGUGGAGUGCCUGAUCAGUUAGGAGGAAUCUCCAGGUUCAGUGUCCGAAGAAAGCGCUAUGCACUGACAGGGCAGAAAUGGCAUCACAAACAUAUCACUUACAGCAUAAAGAACGUCACUCCUAAAGUAGGAGAAACGGAAACUCGUAAAGCCAUUCGCCGUGCCUUUGAUGUGUGGCAGAAUGUGACCCCCUUGACAUUUCAGGAAGUCCCAUACAGUGAGCUGGAGUCUGGCAAAAGGGACGUGGACAUUACAAUUAUAUUUGCUUCGGGUUUCCAUGGAGACAGUUCUCCUUUUGAUGGUGAAGGGGGAUUUUUGGCACACGCUUAUUUUCCUGGGCCAGGGAUUGGUGGAGACACACACUUUGACUCAGAUGAGCCAUGGACUUUAGGAAACCCAAAUCAUGAUGGAAAUGAUUUGUUUCUGGUUGCAGUUCAUGAACUGGGCCAUGCCUUAGGCCUUGAACAUUCCAACGAUCCCACAGCAAUCAUGGCCCCUUUUUACCAGUACAUGGAAACAGAUAAUUUCAGACUGCCUAAUGAUGAUCUGCAGGGUAUCCAGAAAAUAUACGGUCCACCAGACAAGAUUCCGCAACCCACAAGACCUCUUCCCACUAUCCCGCCACAGCGCUCAAACCCAACCCUGGAUCCGCGGAAGACCAACCGGCAACCCAAACUUCCCCGGCCACCUUCUUACCCUGGUGCCAAACCCAACAUCUGCGAUGGGAACUUCAAUACCCUGGCCAUUCUUCGCCGGGAGAUGUUUGUUUUCAAGGAUCAGUGGUUUUGGAGGGUGAGAAAUAAUAGAGUGAUGGAUGGCUAUCCCAUGCAGAUUGCAUAUUUCUGGAGAGGCCUCCCUUCCAAUAUUGAUGCUGUGUAUGAGAACAGUGAAGGGAAGUUUGUGUUCUUCAAAGGUAACAAAUUUUGGGUCUUUAAGGACACAACUAUUCAGCCAAACUACCCUCAAGACCUGUCAAUGUUUGGCAGUGGAAUUCCAGGUCAGGGAAUUGACACAGCAGUCUGGUGGGAGGAUGUUGGGAAAACAUAUUUCUUCAAAGGUGACAGGUACUGGAGGUAUAAUGAAGAGAUGAAGGCCAUGGACCCAGGUUAUCCCAAACCCAUCACUGUGUGGAAGGGUAUUCCAGAUUCUCCUCAGGGAGCUUUUGUCGACAAAGAGAACGGCUUCACAUACUUCUACAAAGAGAAGGAGUACUGGAAGUUUAACAAUCAGAAGCUCAGAGUGGAACCAGGGUACCCACGGUCCAUCCUUAAAGACUUCAUGGGAUGUGAUGGAUCAACAGAUAGAGAGAAAGAAAGUCACCACCCUCAGGAUGACGUUGACAUCGUGAUCAAACUGGACAACACGGCGAAUACUGUGAAAGCCAUAGCCAUCGUCAUCCCCUGCAUACUGGCCUUGUGUCUUCUUGUCCUGGUUUACACUGUCUUUCAAUUCAAAAGGAAAGGCACACCUCGCCACAUACUGUACUGUAAACGCUCUAUGCAAGAGUGGGUGUGAUUGGCGUGCUGUUUCCAUGGCAUUGGAAAUACCUGGAAAUGUAACAUGCAGACUAAUAAUGCUGUUGCCACGUGAGGAGCAGGCAUUUUCCCACCUUGGGGUGGCUGACGUAUAGUCCCCCACCUGUUCUGAGCAUGUGUGGGGAAUUCAACUAGGAAGCUUCCAUGAUACACAGUAUCCUCUGUUACUUCAAGUCCUUUGUCUUUCAUUGGCAAACCGUUCAGUAUCUUGGCCUUUUCUUAUUUCUUCUGCACGCUCAAAGCCCAUAGUAAACUUGCUGGCGUUAACAAGUUAUACUUUUCUAUUUAAUUAAGUUUUUUCAAUGUAUUAUUUUAAUGAACAUAUUUCAUUUAAUUCCCCUUUUUAAACCUUUUUUUAAAUUUUUUUUACUGCUUUUUGUUUUAAAGCGCACACCCAAAUAAACGAUUUCUCUCCA